AUGCUUCUAGCUGAUACAAGGGUAAGAUGGGAACAACUCAAAGAAGGACGUCAAACUUACUUUCUCACCGGCACAGAUGAGCACGGAUUGAAGAUUCAGGGAGUUGCUGAGAAGCAAAACAUUCCUCCCAAAGAAUUGGUGGACAAGGUUUCACAGAAUUUCAAGCAUCUCGCCCAGACAAUGAAGAUCGAGUACCUGAGGUUCAUCAGAACUACAGAUGCUGACCACGUGGAAGCAGUGGGGCACUUUUGGAACAUAAUGAUGGAUAAGGGGCUCAUAUACAAGGGAAAACACAGCGGUUGGUACUGUGUCAGUGAUGAGGCUUUCUACCCUGAAUCUCAGACGGAAGAGAUCACCAAGGAUGGAAAAACCAUCAGAAUCUCCAAAGAAACCGGAAACGAGGUAUUUUACCAGGAGGAAGAGAACUACUUCUUUCGUUUAUCAGCAUACCAGGAAGAGCUUAUACGGUACAUUGAAGAGACGCCUGAUUUCAUUCAACCAGAGCCUAGAAGGAAGCAGAUUUUAGAGGAGUUACGAGAGGGCCAAUUACAAGAUCUCUCUGUUUCUCGUCACACUUCCAGACUCCAAUGGGGUAUUGAAGUUCCAAACGACUCAAAUCAAAGGGUCUAUGUGUGGUUUGACGCCCUCUUGAACUACUUGACCGCAGCAGGAUACCCGAAAGCAGACACAAAAGCGUUGGAAAACAUUUGGCCCGCUCAUCACGUCAUUGGCAAGGAUAUCAUGAGAUUCCAUUGUAUAUAUUGGCCGAUCUUUCUUUUGGCUGCUGGAAUCAAACUUCCAAAGACGAUCUUUGUGCAUUCCCACUGGCUUUGCGACGGCAAAAAGAUGAGUAAGAGCAUUGGAAAUGUGGUUGAUCCCUAUGCCAUGGCUGACCACUAUGGCGUUGAUCCAUUGCGUUUCUUCUUGAUGGAGCAGUCCAACAUAAAUACAGACAGCAACUUCAGCGAGAGUGGGUUCUUUCAUCACAGAGCAAUGCUUUUGAACAAAUUCGCCAAUUUGACCUCUCGAGUUUGUGCUCCAAACUUUGAGAUUUCUCGUGGCUUGCAACAGGCAGCGACGGGCGAGUUUGACAAUAUUGACGAGUUGUUGAGGAAGGACCAUGUGACCGAUCUGGACAAGGAAAAGGUUCUUUUGUUACGAGACGAACUCGUGAGAAGCAUUGACAGCCUUCAACAAACUAUGGACAGUUCGUUGGCGCUGUUUGACCAUAUGAAGGCCUUGAAGGAGUGGUGGAGAGUUGUCGACUCGACAAAUGAGUUUUUCCAAGCAACAGAGCCAUGGCUGUACAACAAGCAUGUUGGAGACGGUCCCUCGCCUGAGCGAACCAUCCGGAAUUAUUUGUUGUACUUAGCGACGGAGGGUAUCAGGGUAACAACGCUCUGUGCUCAGCCAUACAUGCCUGACUUGACCGAAAAGAUUCUUGGCCGGCUAGGAAUCGAUAAGAGCAAGAGAACACUAGAACAUGCUAAGAUAGGCGCCGAUUUGACGUAUGGAGACGGUUCCAAUCGCAAGUAUGAAGAGAAGUUGAUGCACAAGGUGAAGCCACGGGAGGCCAGAGCCAAAGAAAUGGUCAGACCAACACGGAGCUCUAGGCAUUUGGCUAGUAGUGACGACGAAAACGAGACCUCGGGCCGUCGUUCCAGAAGACAGGUCUCGUACCUUGAAGACUCAGAAGAUGAGAAUUUUGACGCUCCAGCACAACCCAAGGAGGAGCCCGAGGUGAAGGACGAAUUGGAACCUGAAGAGCCCGAAGAACCAGAAUCAGCACCAGAAGAAGAUGACGCCAAAGACGAGGACUUCGAUGAUGAAGACGAGGUAAUCCCUACGAAAAGACUGCGGGCUCAGAGUCGAAGACUGUCGAAACGCCUCAGGCUGAAUGCAGAUGGAGAGGACUCAGACUUCAAGGAAGACGAGCUCAGUAACGAGUCGGAAAACGAAAGCGAUGCUUUUGAAGAAGAUGACGCUUUUCUUGAAAGGCUACGAGAGAAGCAGUUUAUCGCACCUGAGGAGGAUGGCGAGGAGGACGACUACUAUGGUUACAGCUCCACAAGCAAAAACAGACUGAGGCGAAAGCCCAAGUCCAGAUCGCGGCUGGCUGAGCCACGGAGAUCCAGAAAACGCCUUACGCGUGCGGACGACCUUGAAGACGACGAAGAGGAGCAGGAGGAAGAUAUCAACCAGGAAAUCAAGGACUUGUACGAUCUGUCACCAGAGGAAGAAAGUCCAGUCAAGCAUAAGCUCAGAGAGCGUGGAGAGAAGGUCGACUACACAAUCCCACCAGCUAUUCAAAACGACCACGAUUUGGACGCCUUGAGUGCGGCCAGGUUCGUUCCACCUCCAAAGAGAAACAGAAAGAACGUGGGCAAUAAGAGCGAUUUCAGAAAGUUGCUUUUCCCCACCGCAGGUCCUUUCGGUGGAAGCGAUGUCAUCUCUCUCUUGGGUCAGAAUAUCCCUCCUGGCGGUAUCCCCAUCCCAGGUAUGCCAGCGGAUGCCCGCAAUAGCAUGAUCGGUGGAAACGAGUCCGACUCCUCUGAUGACGAAUUCGUACCUUCGUCUGGCGCAGGUGCCCAGCCCAGACCCUCUGUGAGUGGCUCAAUGGGUAAGACGCCUUUGACAGCCAACAGCGCUGCUCCAGCUCCUUCUGGAAUGCUCAACAAUACAAAGGUUGUCGGUGCAGAGGCAUUGGGAGAUAAGGGAAAGAAGAAGAAUAGUCUCAGUGACACCGAUCCUCUUGGCGUCGAUAUGAACAUCGACUUUUCUGCCGUUGGCGGUCUCGAUGGCUACAUUGACCAGCUCAAAGAAAUGGUGGCCUUGCCUCUUCUAUACCCCGAGUUGUACCAAAACUUCUCAAUCACACCGCCUCGAGGAGUUCUUUUCCACGGUCCUCCAGGUACAGGUAAGACGUUGAUGGCGAGAGCUCUUGCUGCAAGUUGCUCCACUCCUUCUAGAAAGAUCACUUUCUUCAUGCGUAAGGGUGCAGACUGUUUGAGUAAGUGGGUUGGUGAAGCCGAGCGUCAAUUGAGGUUGCUUUUCGAAGAAGCUAAGAACCAACAGCCCUCGAUCAUCUUCUUCGAUGAAAUCGAUGGUUUGGCGCCCGUUCGUUCCUCGAAGCAAGAACAGAUCCAUGCCAGUAUCGUCUCUACUUUGCUUGCACUCAUGGACGGUAUGGACAACAGAGGUCAGGUUAUUGUUAUUGGUGCUACCAACAGACCCGACUCUGUAGACCCAGCAUUGAGAAGACCAGGUCGUUUCGAUAGAGAGUUCUACUUCCCACUUCCUGACUUGAGUGCAAGAGAGCAGAUUUUGAAGAUCCACACACGCAAGUGGGAGCCUCCUUUAUCUCCAGUCUUUGUUGAAAAGAUUGCAGGUCUCACCAAGGGAUACGGUGGUGCCGAUUUGCGUGCUCUUUGCACGGAGGCAGCCUUGAAUUCGAUUCAAAGAAAGUACCCUCAGAUUUAUCGCUCCACCGACAAGCUCAAGGUGGACCCUACCAAGGUCAAGGUUAUUGCUAAGGAUUUCAUGAGAGCAAUCGAGAAGAUUGUGCCAUCCAGUGCUAGAUCGACUUCAACAGGUUCAGCUCCACUCCCUGAACGUUUGCAACCUAUUCUUCAAGGCUCUCUUGAUCAAAUUGUUUCCAAAUUGAGUGCUUUGCUUCCAGAUUCGGUGAGCAUUGGCGGCAAGAAGAAACUCACCAAUCUCGAGGACGCCAUGUACUUGGACCCAACAAUUCAUGAUGCUGAUGGUGGUUUCGGAAAACAGGAGCUUCUCAAGAGUUUGGAAAGCUCUCGUAUUUGCAAGCCCCAUCUACUUAUAUGCGGUGAGCCAGGUGCCGGUCAACAGUACCUUGGUGCUGCCAUUCUUAACAUACUUGAAGGUUUCCAAGUGCAAAACCUAGAUCUUGCUACCGUUUUCGGUGAUGUCACAAGAACCCCAGAACUGUGCAUUGUUCAAACUUUCAUCGAGGCCAGGAGACACCAGCCUUCCAUCAUCUUCAUUCCAAACAUCGAUACAUGGUUCGAUGUCAUGACACACUCAGCAAAAGCAACUCUCGCCGGCUUACUUCGAAACUUGAAGAGCAAUGAGAAGAUUCUUUUGCUAGGAAUGGCUGAGAGACAGUUCCACGAAUUGGAAUCUGACAUCAAAAUCACCCUCGGAAUCCUGAGUGACAGCAACAAUGUGUUCUUGGAGAACCCUAAUGCUGAGUCGAGACGGAGGUUUUUCCAAACCGCAGAAAACGCGUUGAAGAUGAAGCCAUUUGAGUUCCUCAAUGACUUGGCGAAUAGGCCAAAGAGAAAGUUGAAAGAGCUUCCGGUUGUACCAUCAGAGACCGUGAGCGUGGCUCUGCUAGGUAAAAAGCGUGACAAGCAGCAGGAGUACGAGGACAAGAGGUUGAAAAACUUGUUGAAGAUCAAGCUCGCUGGAUUGAUGGAUCUCUUCAAGAACCGUUACAAGCGUUUCAGAAAGCCAAUCAUUGACGAAAGCUACUUGCACCACUUGUACGAGCCUUCUAUUUUGGAGAACCCCAUGAUCACAUACGAGGUGGCAUACAUCAUCUCGGAAGACCCAGAACACCCCAACAUGAUUAAGGAGUUGAACACCGGCAAAUUCUUCUACAACAUGGAUUUGGAUACAAUAGAAGAGAGAAUCUGGAAUGGUUUCUACUCAGAAGCGAAACAGUUCCUCAAAGACGUUAGAAUGAUCGUGAAGGACGCUUUCAACUCUGGUGACAGGGAGAGAAUUCUCAAGGCUAACGAAAUGAUGACCAAUGCCCAGUUUGGAAUUGACGACUUCAACAAUCCCGAAUUCGCCAAGGCCUGUAAGGAUCUUAGGGUAAGGGAGAUCGAGAAGCAGGCCAAACUCGUGGAGGAGUACAAGAAACUCAAGGAGGAGUUCGAGAAGACGCAAGCUGCUAAUGCUGUAGCCGAGACUGAGCUCAAUGGUCCUGAGCCUGUUCGUCUUCUUGAAGAUGGAGCACCUCCUAGGGACCUCGACUCCAAUGGUCACGCCGAGAAUAACGAGGAGCCUAGGGAAGAGAAUGAGGUGGAAAACGAGGAACCUAAGGAAACGGCAGAGGAACCAAAGGAAGAUGGCGCAGAUGAACCAAAGGAGCCUGUGACAGAAGAGCCAAAGGAGACUGUGACAGAAGAGCCAGAGAAGACUGUUGCUGAAGAGCCAAAGGAAAACGGCGAAGUUGAAGAGAAGCCACAGCCUGUUGAAGAAGCCGAGCAGACCACUGAAUCACAGCAACCUCCUGCCUCAUCAGACGCCAUGGACGUGGAUCCCGUCUCCGAGGAAAAGAAGGUUGUGCUUGCUGCAGCACCUGAAGAACCAGAAAGCGAGUCUGAGGCAGAAGGUGAAUUUGCCGUUGAUGCCAGCCGCCAAUUGACUAUUCCUCCAGAGGCCGAAGCCUUCUUUGAACAGCGCAUGGUGGAACUCACCGAGGGCUUCACGGUCGAAAAGCUCGAAUUUGCCAUGGCCAAGCUCAUGGAUAUCAUCUGGGCAGACCGCUCCCAGUGGGACAAGACAGCCACCGUGGAGAAGCUCCAGCAGACUGCCACGACCCUAGGGCACUACAUGUAG